AUGGCAAUCGCAACCGAGUCUCAAACUCACCCUCAACAACACACGGCUUCUUCGGAGUAUUCAGGUUCAGCUCAGGAGCAAAAGAGAUGGACGCUUAAUGAUUUUGAUAUUGGAAAACCUCUUGGAAGAGGGAAAUUCGGCCAUGUCUAUUUGGCCAGAGAAAAAACUAGUAAUCAUAUUAUUGCUCUGAAAGUACUCUUUAAGACGCAAUUGCAACAAUCACAAGUUGAGCAUCAGCUUCGGCGAGAAGUUGAGAUACAGAGUCAUCUUCGGCAUCCGCAUAUCUUGAGACUCUAUGGAUACUUUUAUGAUCAGAAACGAGUUUAUUUGAUAUUAGAGUAUGCACCUAAAGGUGAACUUUACAAGGAAUUGCAGAAAUGCAAAUAUUUCAGUGAAAGACGUGCAGCUACUUAUGUUGCAUCAUUGGCCCGAGCACUUAUAUAUUGCCAUGGAAAGCAUGUAAUUCAUAGGGACAUUAAACCAGAGAACCUUCUUAUUGGUGCACAGGGUGAAUUGAAGAUAGCAGAUUUUGGAUGGUCAGUACACACAUUCAACCGCAGGAGGACCAUGUGUGGCACACUGGAUUACCUUCCACCCGAGAUGGUGGAGAGUGUAGAACAUGAUGCAAGUGUUGAUAUAUGGAGCCUUGGCGUUCUUUGCUAUGAGUUUCUUUAUGGAGUCCCCCCUUUUGAGGCUAAAGAACAUUCUGAUACUUAUAGAAGGAUAAUACAAGUGGAUCUCAAGUUCCCUCCUAAACCAAUUGUUUCUUCUGCUGCAAAAGACCUCAUCAGCCAGAUGCUGGUCAAGGAUUCCUCUCAACGACUACCAUUGCACAAACUGCUAGAACAUCCUUGGAUUGUUCAGAAUGCAGAGCCUUCCGGUAUAUACAGAGGCUAA